UUGAGAGUGUUCGGAGUAAACCAGAAAACAAAAUGGCAUCGAAUUUACUGUGGAUUUUACUGUUUUCUGUGAUUUCUAUGAAUUUAGCACAAAAUUGGAAAGAUAAAGUUUGUACAAAAGAAUCUCUACAAAAAUUUAAAAUCUAUAAAAUGGAUCAAUUGACACAGAGAGUUGUUGCACAGGAAAAAGUCAGAAGAAAAAUUACUUUUGUUUGCUGUCAAGGCUAUGAGGAAAGAAGUCGCAAUAAGGAAUUUCCAAAUUGUUCACCAAUUUGUGAGCAUUCGUGUGGUUAUGGGUAUUGUUAUAGACCGAAUCAAUGUGCUUGUUAUCAUGGUUUUGAGAUUUCUGAUGGAUAUUGUCAGCGUCGAAGUCGUGUCACAACAAAAACAACUACAACAAUGUCUCCAACAACAAAGCGGAAUGACAAUGAGCGUUCUACAACAUUUGUAUAUGACAUUCCAAAAGUAAAUAUUGGAAUUGUAAAUCCAACUCUGCAUAAAAGUUUUGAUAUUGAAUCUUCAACGAAACGAAUAAGCUCAAAACUUGGUUUUGGAGACUUGGAUUUAAAAACUACCCAACCAGAGAAAUCCUCAGAAGUCGUAUUUUCAACAGAGAAGACUUUGCCAGCUAUGACAGAGUAUCCAAGGGUGAAGUUCAUAACUCAUAGAUCUAUGAGCCCAACAAGUGGAGACCAAGAGGACUUAGAAGUUGGGUCUCCAAAACACCAGACAGACUUGAAACCAUCUUCGACAGAUGUGACAACGUUUCCAAGGGUAAAAUUCAUAACACAUGAAGAUUCUGCUUCUGAAGCAAAUGUAUAUCAAUAUCAAAAAGGUAAAGAAGUCGAGUCUCCAAAGCAGCGAACCAGCUUAAAACCCUCACUAAUAGAUAUCACUGACUAUCCAAGAGUAAAAUUCAUAACUCAUGAAGAUUCUGGUGAAGAAUAUAUGAAUUCGAAAAAGUCUCCAAAAUUGGAGACUAGGUUGAAACCAUUUUUAAUGGAUGUUACAGAGCUUCCAAGUGAACAGUCUGUCUUAGACACCUCAAAUUACCAUAAGACUUCGAAAUUUUCAACUCUCCAACAACCUUCCCGACAUAAUGAAAUCAUUCCAAAACCCUUCGACUUUAAUAAACGUGCAUUUUGUAUUAUGAAUAUUUGUAUAUGUGAUUUUGGCUAUGAAGUAUUUCAACAAAAAUACUGUCAUCCAUGUCAAUGGGGAAGUCAAUGUCAAUGUCAACAAGGAUAUGCAUUUAAUUCUCGAUCAUUUCAAUGUAAACCUUUGUGUAAUGGAUCAUUUGAUGGUUGUAUACGAGGAACUUGUAUUGAUUAUAAUGAAUGUUUAUGUGAUAAUGGUACAGAAAAAAUUAGUGAUGAUAAUUUUCGUUGUUAUGUUAAAGAAGCAGGACAAAUAAUAUUUCCUAAUAUUUAUCACAACAUCGAUAGAAGAUGGUAUUUGAUGUUGCUAACAAUUCCAGUUGUUAUUGUUGUAGUUAGUUUUUGUGUUGUUAUAAAACGUUGGAGAUCAUCGAAAGCUAAUCGUUUGAGAGCUCAAAAACACAACUUUCCAGAAAUUCGAUACUUUAAUACAAAUAAUAAUCAUAGAGUGGAUAGCAAACAUGAGGAAGCAUCAGCUGGAAGGAGACGAAAUGAACCGGGGCUCUGCGAAAGUGUUAUACACCAUGAAGGAGGGGUUCUUGUUAUAAAAACUUUCAGAAUCAUGAAAACGCAAAAGGAAUUUAGAAGCUUCGGCUGGCUUUUGUGGCUGAUAUUAAUUUCAGUGUUAGUGUCUGUGGUGGACUCGGAUACAGGAAGUUGCUUUAAAACAGUUAAAGUUAAAUAUCGUGCAACAAAAUUGAAUGCCAAAGGUAAACCAGUCACGGUGUUGCGAUUGAAGCCAAAGACUGUUUGUUGUCCUGGUUAUACCUCGAAACGAUGUUUGCCAGUUUGUGUGGAUGGAUGUGUUAAUGGGAAAUGUGUUAGCCCUAAUACGUGCGCUUGUAAUAAAGGAUAUCAUGAGUUCAAUCCAUCUCGAUGCGUACCGGAUUGUACCAAAUGUGAAUAUGGAUAUUGUACAGUUCCGGAAGUGUGCACUUGCUAUUCGAAUGCUGAAAGCGAUGGCAAAGGAGGUUGCAGACCUAAAUGUGUGCAAGAGUGCAAAAAUGGAUAUUGUGCGAAACCUAAUCAAUGCGCAUGCAACGAUGGUUAUGAAAUGGAUGAGAGUAGCAAAGAAUGCAGGCCUGUUUGUAAGGAGAUUUGCAAGAAUGGAUAUUGCUCAGGUCCUGGAAAGUGUAGUUGCUCAGAAGGAUAUGUGAAAAAUUCUGAUGGGAAUUGUGUACCAGACUGUCCAGGUGGAUGCGGUCAAGGGCUUUGUAUAGCUCCGAAAACCUGUGAGUGUGAGUUUGGGUAUGAAGUUGGGAAAAAUGGAAGUUGUCAGCCUUUUUGUAAAAAUGGAUGUCCAAAUGGAGUUUGUUCUCAUCCUGGAGUGUGUUCAUGCAAUGAAGGAUACAAAAUGGAUUCCUUUUCUGGAUCCUGUCAACCAGUUUGUAAAAAUGGGUGUUCCAAUGGUUUUUGUUCUGCACCUGAAGUCUGUUCUUGCAAUAAAGGAUACAGCAUGGAUUCCAUUACUGGAUCCUGUCAACCCAUUUGUAAAAAUGGGUGUCCCAAUGGUUUCUGUUCGGCACCUGAAGUCUGUACUUGCAAUGAAGGAUUUAACAUGGAUUUCACUACUGGAUCCUGUCAACCAGUUUGUAAAAAUGGGUGUUCCAAUGGUUUUUGUUCUGCACCUGAAGUCUGUUCUUGCAAUAAAGGAUACAGCAUGGAUUCCAUUACUGGAUCCUGUCAACCAGUUUGUAAAAAUGGGUGUCCCAAUGGUUUUUGUUCUGCACCUGAAAACUGUACUUGCAAUGAAGGAUUCAAAAUGGAUUCCACUACUGGAUCCUGUGAACCAGUUUGUAUAAAUGGUUGUCCCAAUGGUUUUUGUUCGACACCUGAAGUCUGUACUUGCAAUGAAGGAUUUAACAUGGAUUUCACUACUGGAUCCUGUGAACCUGUUUGUAAAAAUGGUUGUCCCAAUGGUUUUUGUUCGGCACCUGAAGUCUGUACUUGCAAUGAAGGAUACAGCAUGGAUUCCAUUUCUGGAUCCUGUCAACCAGGUUGUGAAAAUGGUUGUCCCAAUGGUUUUUGUUCUGCACCUGAAGUCUGUUCUUGCAAUAAAGGAUACAGCAUGGAUUCCAUUACUGGAUCCUGUCAACCAGUUUGUAAAAAUGGGUGUCCCAAUGGUUUUUGUUCUGCACCUGAAAACUGUACUUGCAAUGAAGGAUUCAAAAUGGAUUCCACUACUGGAUCCUGUCAACCAGUAUGUAAAAAGGGGUGUCCCAAUGGUUUUUGUUCUGCACCUGAAGUCUGUACUUGCAAUGAAGGAUUCAACAUGGAUUUCACUGCUGGAUCCUGUGAACCUGUUUGUAAAAAUGGUUGUCCCAAUGGUUUUUGUUCGACACCUGAAGUCUGCACUUGCAAUGAAGGAUACAGCUUGGGUUCCACAACUGGAUCCUGUGAACCAGUUUGUACAAAUGGUUGUCCCAAUGGUUUUUGUUCGACACCUGAAGUCUGUACUUGCAAUGAAGGAUUCAACAUGGAUUUCACUACUGGAUCCUGUGAACCUGUUUGUAAAAAUGGUUGUCCCAAUGGUUUUUGUUCGGCACCUGAAGUCUGUACUUGCAAUGAAGGAUACAGCAUGGAUUCCAUUUCUGGAUCCUGUCAACCCGUUUGUAAAAAUGGGUGUCCCAAUGGUUUUUGUUCUGCACCUGAAGUCUGUUCUUGCAAUAAAGGAUACAGCAUUUAUUCCAUUACUGGAUCCUGUCAACCAGUUUGUAAAAAUGGGUGUCCCAAUGGUUUUUGUUCUGCACCUGAAAACUGUACUUGCAAUGAAGGAUUCAAAAUGGAUUCCACUACUGGAUCCUGUCAACCAGUAUGUAAAAAGGGGUGUCCCAAUGGUUUUUGUUCUGCACCUGAAGUCUGUACUUGCAAUGAAGGAUUCAACAUGGAUUUCACUGCUGGAUCCUGUGAACCUGUUUGUAAAAAUGGUUGUCCCAAUGGUUUUUGUUCGACACCUGAAGUCUGCACUUGCAAUGAAGGAUACAGCUUGGGUUCCACAACUGGAUUCUGUGAACCAGUUUGUAAAAAAGGGUGUCCCAAUGGUUUUUGUUCUGAACCUGAAGUCUGUACUUGCAAUGAAGGAUACAGCAUGGAUUCCAUUACUGGAUCCUGUCAACCCGUUUGUAAAAAUGGUUGCCCAAAUGGUUUUUGUUCUGCACCUGAAGUGUGUACGUGUAAUGAAGGAUACAACAUGAAUUCCCGUCUUGGAUCCUGCCAACCAGUUUGUAAAAAUGGAUGUCCCAAUGGUUUUUGUUCUGCACCUGCAGUGUGUACAUGUAAUGAAGGAUUUAGCAUGGAUUCCAUUACCGGAUCCUGUCAACCAGGUUGUGAAAAUGGUUGUCCCAAUGGUUUUUGUUCUGCACCUGAAGUCUGUUCUUGCAAUGAAGGAUACAGCAUGGAUUCCAUUACUGGAUCCUGUCAACCAGUUUGUAAAAAUGGGUGUCCCAAUGGUUUUUGUUCAGCACCUGCAGUGUGUACAUGUAAUGAAGGAUUUAGCAUGGAUUCCAUUACCGGAUCCUGUCAACCAGGUUGUGAAAAUGGUUGUCCCAAUGGUUUUUGUUCUGCACCUGAAGUCUGUUCUUGCAAUGAAGGAUACAGCAUGGAUUCCAUUACUGGAUCCUGCCAACCUGUUUGUAAAAAUGGAUGUCCCAAUGGUUUUUGUUCUGCACCUGCAGUGUGUACAUGUAAUGAAGGAUUUAGCAUGGAUUCCAUUACCGGAUCCUGUCAACCAGGUUGUGAAAAUGGUUGUCCCAAUGGUUUUUGUUCUGCACCUGAAGUCUGUUCUUGCAAUGAAGGAUACAGCAUGGAUUCCAUUACUGGAUCCUGUCAACCAGUUUGUAAAAAUGGGUGUCCCAAUGGUUUUUGUUCAGCACCUGCAGUGUGUACAUGUAAUGAAGGAUUUAGCAUGGAUUCCAUUACCGGAUCCUGUCAACCAGGUUGUGAAAAUGGUUGUCCCAAUGGUUUUUGUUCUGCACCUGAAGUCUGUACUUGCAAUGAAGGAUUCAACAUGGAUUUCACUGCUGGAUCCUGUGAACCUGUUUGUAAAAAUGGUUGUCCCAAUGGUUUUUGUUCGACACCUGAAGUCUGCACUUGCAAUGAAGGAUACAGCUUGGGUUCCACAACUGGAUUCUGUGAACCAGUUUGUAAAAAAGGGUGUCCCAAUGGUUUUUGUUCUGAACCUGAAGUCUGUACUUGCAAUGAAGGAUACAGUAUGGAUUCCAUUACUGGAUCCUGUCAACCCGUUUGUAAAAAUGGUUGCCCAAAUGGUUUUUGUUCUGCACCUGAAGUGUGUACGUGUAAUGAAGGAUACAACAUGAAUUCCCGUCUUGGAUCCUGCCAACCAGUUUGUAAAAAUGGAUGUCCCAAUGGUUUUUGUUCUGCACCUGCAGUGUGUACAUGUAAUGAAGGAUUUAGCAUGGAUUCCAUUACCGGAUCCUGUCAACCAGGUUGUGAAAAUGGUUGUCCCAAUGGUUUUUGUUCUGCACCUGAAGUCUGUUCUUGCAAUGAAGGAUACAGCAUGGAUUCCACUACUGGAUCUUGUGAACCAGUUUGUAAAAAUGGAUGUCCCAAUGGUUUUUGUUCUUCACCUGAAGUCUGUACUUGCAAUGAAGGAUUCAAAAUGGAUUCCACUACUAGAUCCUGUGAACCAGUUUGUAAAAAUGGAUGUCCCAAUGGUUUUUGUGCUGCACCUGAAGUCUGUUCUUGCAAUGAAGGAUACAGCAUGGAUUCCACUACUGGAUCUUGUGAACCAGUUUGUAAAAAUGGAUGUCCCAAUGGUUUUUGUUCUUCACCUGAAGUCUGUACUUGCAAUGAAGGAUUCAAAAUGGAUUCCACUACUAGAUCCUGUGAACCAGUUUGUAAAAAUGGAUGUCCCAAUGGUUUUUGUGCUGCACCUGAAUUCUGUACUUGCAAUGAAGGAUUCAACAUGGAUUUCACUACUGGAUCCUGUGAACCAGUUUGUAAAAAUGGAUGUCAAAAUGGUUUUUGUGCUGCACCUGAAUUCUGUACUUGCAAUGAAGGAUUCAACAUGGAUUUCACUACUGGAUCCUGCGAACCUGUUUGUGAAAAUGGUUGUCCCAAUGGUUUUUGUUCCGAACCUAAAGUUUGUUCUUGCAAUGAAGGAUACAACAUGGAUUCCACUACUGAAUCUUGUGAACCAGUUUGUACAAAUGGGUGUCUCAAUGGUUUUUGUUCUGCACCUGAGGUCUGUACUUGCAACGAAGGAUACAACAUGGAUUCCACUUCUUUAACCUGUGAAUCAGUUUGUAAAAAUGGUUGUCCCAAUGGUUUUUGUUCUGCACCUGAAGUCUGCACUUGCAAUGAAGGACACAACAUGGAUUCCACUUCUUUAACCUGUGAACCAGUUUGUAAAAAUGGUUGUCCCAAUGGUUUUUGUUCUGCACCUGAAGUCUGCACUUGCAAUGAAGGACACAACAUAGAUUCCACUUCUUUAACCUGUGAACCAGUUUGUAAAAAUGGGUGUCCCAAUGGAUUUUGUUCUAAUCCUGAAAUUUGUACUUGCAUUAAGGGAUAUACCAUGAAUUCCACAACUGGAAACUGUGAACCAAUUUGUGAAAACGGUUGUCCCAAUGGAUUUUGUUUUCAUCCUGGUGUCUGCAUGUGCUAUAAAGGAUACAGUUUUGAUCUUCCAAGUGAAUCCUGCAAACCAGUUUGUGAUAAUAAGUGUGUUAAUGGGUUUUGCUCCCAGCCUAAUGUGUGUACUUGCGAUGAUGGAUACGAAAAAAAUGAAUCAAACGAAACAUGCAAACCAAUUAUUAAAAAGUCUUGUCUCUUUGGGUCUUGUGGAAAUUCUAAAAAAUAUACAUGCAACGAAGGAUAUUUUUUAAAUAACACUGUGUGUCAACCAAUAUGUGAUCCACAGUGCAUAAACUCCGAUUGCAUUCUACCAAACACUUGUAAAUGUUGGAAAAAGUUCAAGAAAACUUCGCUAGAUUACGAAUGCACUUUAAAUCAAUCGCCCAGCAAUAAUCGUGUUCCGAAAAUGUUAGGACUUAACAACGAUAUCCUUUGUACUCCGGAAAAUUGCAGAAAUGGCACCUGCAUUCAAGACACUUUUUGUUCUUGUCCAGAAAAUUUUACACUCCAACACAAUGUUUGUAUUCCAAAUUCUCCAUGUGAACUUGGCUACACUUGGUUUUCUGACAGUUGCCAUCCAGUGUGUCAAAUGGAUUGUCCCAAUGGAACUUGUAAUUCUUCCAACAAGUGUUCAUGCUUAGAAGGAUAUCAGGUAGAUCCAGAGUCUGAGUUUCCCAAUAUCUGCAGACCAAUUUGUAAACCUCCUGGAGAUUUAGCAGAACCUGGAUGUUUCAAUGGAGAUUGUAUUGCCCCUAACAUUUGUCGAUGUUAUGAAGGCACACAGUUAAAUCCUAAUAAUCCCUUCCAAUGUGAUUUCCCGAGUUUGACACAACGUCUAAAGCAUGCUGUCUAUUGGCCAGCUUUAUAUGUCAUUUUGUUUUUAUUCAUUUGUUUGAUUCUGAUGAUAAUAUUAAUUCUGAAAAAGGAGAAGUCCUAUCAUGUCGGAGAAAUAGCACUUACAAUGACAUCACGAGGUCUUGGAAUAAUUUUGAUGGUUUUUGGACAAAUUUGUCUUUGCUAUUCUUGCACAGAAAUGGUUCCUCAAAUGAGAUACCGAUAUAGUUUGGUAACUGUGAGAAAAUACAGUCUUAGUCCUGUUCGAAAUCCUUUAAAAGUAAAAGCCAUUCGAGAAACCUUUCAAGAAAUGGAACUUGUUUGUUGUGCAGGUUAUGCCAAAGCUAAUGGAACAGAAGAAUGCGUUCCACAAUGUGAAGAUUGUGGAGCUGGAAAAUGCCUACACCCCGGAGUCUGUCAUUGUGACCCAGGCUAUACAAAUUCCAAAAACAACAGUCGUUGUAUUCCCGAAUGUUCAGAAUCUUGUGUAAAUGGAGAAUGUACAGCUCCAGAUGUUUGCACCUGCAAUACCGGAUACACUUUUCGAAAUUCCAGCACUACCGUUUGCGAAUCGGUUUGUUCGAAUGGAUGUGGAUCGAAUAGUCAUUGUGUUGCACCGAACAUUUGCUCGUGCAACUUGGGUUGGUCACUCAAGCCCAAUGAAACAGUUUGCGAACCAGUUUGCGAAGAACCCUGUCGAAAUGGCAUUUGCACCGGUCCCGAUGAGUGUACUUGCUCACCAGGAUAUGUUCUCCGAAUCGACAGUGUCUCUCAGUGUGAUCCAACAUGUUCGAGUGGUUGUUUGAACGGCGAAUGUCGAGCUCCAGAAGUAUGCAUUUGUAACUUGGGCUACACAAAUCUAGCUCAUAGUGCAUCGCAAAGUUGUGCUCCAAUUUGUAAAGACACCUGUGUGAAUGCCUUUUGCACAGCUCCAAAUCAAUGUACCUGCUUCGAUGGGUAUGGAUUCAAAAAUGGCAGUCAAUCGGUGUGUGAACCAACUUGUCCCAAAGGUUGUGAGAAUGGAUUUUGUCAGGAACCUGGACAAUGUGAAUGUCAUAAUGGCUAUGUGAAGACAGAUCUUCACAAAUGCACUCCACAGUGUCGGAAUGAAUGUGAAAAUGGAACUUGUAUUGCACCGGAUACCUGCGUUUGCAACAAAGGUUAUAGCUUCAAAAAUGGAAGUUCGACUGUGUGUGAGCCGAUUUGUCAAAAUGGAUGUUCGAAUGGAUUUUGUUCAAGUCCUGGGAUUUGUACCUGUAAUAAGGGUUAUCAACAACUUUUGCCACAUCAUUGUUUCCCGGAAUGUAGUAAACCUUGUCACAAGGGUAUUUGUACCGCUCCGGAUACAUGUCGUUGUUUUAGAGGCUACAAACCGAAUGAGACAGAAAGUCACCGAUGUGACCCGGUUUGUGAUUUCGAUUGUGGAUUUGGGGAGUGUAUUGCUCAUAAUUUGUGUAAAUGUCAACCGGGAUAUCGAAUGCGGUACUUGACCGGGAAAUGUGAGCCUAUUUGUAAUCUAAAGUGUGUGAAUGGAGUUUGUGAUGCAGCUUCAAACUGCCGAUGUUACGAAGGCUACCAGCAUCGUUUGAACUCGACGAACAUCUGUGAUCCGGUGUGUCAGCCGGGAUGUAUUAAUGGAACCUGUGUGGAACCUUAUAUGUGUGAUUGCUGGCCAGGGUAUGAAGAUACCAAAAUUCCGAAUCUUUGUAUCCCGAAAUGCCGGCCAAGUUGCGAGAAUGCUAAAUGCGUUGCUCCAGAUCGGUGCAUUUGUAAUGAUGGCUACAAAGUUGUUAAUGCCUCCGUUCCAAAUAUUUGUGACCCUAUUUGUACAGAAAUCUGUAUCAAUGCCGAAUGUACUCAGCCUAACACCUGUUCCUGUCUAGAAGGUUACGAAUUUAUUGAUGGAAGUGUCAAUGAAUGCCGACCAAUGUGUGAAAGACUUUGUGAGAAUGGCACUUGUAUUCUGCCAAAUGUCUGUCAUUGUGAUGAAGGCUUCACUUGGGAAUCAAUAUCAUCAUCGAAUAACGAACAACCUAUGAUGAAAUGUCAACCAGUUUGUUGGGAUGGUUGCGGUAAAGGAACUUGUGUAGCUCCAAAUAAAUGUGAUUGUCCAUCUGGAUGGUAUUUUGAUAGGAACGAAAAAACAUGCUUGGCUCUAUUAAGUAAAGAUACAAGCUUUCAAGUGCCCCAAAAACACUCUAUGAGUAACCGAACUAUAGCUACAAUUGUUCUUCUCCUCCUUUGCAUCGGUCUAAUUGCUAUGGUUUCAGUCUUUCGAUGGUUCCUUCGAAGGUAUAAAGAUGAAAAAAUUCCCCCAGUGCGUCUACAUGAAACUCCUGAAAUAAUAACACAUGAUUUAGACUACGAUCAAUUGCCCCUAGUGGAGACUAGUUGAACUAAAAGAGCUGAAAUAUAUGAGAAAAUAUCCAAAAAAUAAAAAACAACAUGGCGGCUCAUUUAAACUUAAUCUAAAUAAUUAUUAUUAUUAUGCUUUGUAUUUUUUUUUUCUUUUCUGUUUUUAUCUUCAUUUUAUAAAUAUAUAAUAUUAAACUACUUUAACUAUUAUUUUUU